AUGAUGGUAACAUCGUCGAGUGAGACGUGUUCCAGUAGAUACGAUAGAUAUAGCCGAAUACCCCAGGAUGUUGCAGUCCAGAAGGCGUCGUUGACAAGGACGUUGACAGUAGAUGCAAACCGUCUGAACAAAGACGCCCUGAGUGAACCGCAGAAGUCUGGCAAUCACGCAAGGUUUGCUCCGUCGUCGCAAGUUGUAUGUACCCUUCCGCAUCGACUAGAUUGCUCGCAAGAAGAGAUCAAUCAUCGAUGGUUUCGGAAGGCAGAGUAUGCUGAACUGAUUUGGGAGAGCAGUGUCACCUUGACGUUGCUGAAAUGCGAUAAGAAGAAGGGCCUGGUAGAUGAUACUCUACUCUGUGAAAGAGGUCUUCUCGAUACUGCAAUUCUCAUAGAACGACAACAAGAAAGAUCAUGUAUUAACAAACUGAUCUUGCUGGAAAUGAAAGUGACUGAAGAUGCAGAGGCGGUCUCACAGUUGUACCAUGAAUGUGCCCUCACCGUGUGCCAAAGAGCCCGCGAUAAAGCAAUAAUCGAUGAGGAAUAUGCCAAACAUUAUGCCACAGAGGUAGGCUCCGAAGACAACUACGGUAGGAAUCAGCAUACCCAAGCUGACAACCGUACGGCGAUAGAACAGAUGAUACUUCGCGAGCUCGAAAAGUCUACAAGCCAUGAUGAAACAGAGCAGAAACUAGUGAAAGCGCUGAAGCGAUUAAAUAAGCGAAAAGAAAAGGAAGCCGAAGAUGCAAAACAGAUAGAAGAAAUGGUGCUGAUGGAACAGUUGAAGCAACUUGCAGAUCUCUAUGCUGACCCUUCACUAACACCGGAAGAACGAGCGGCUGUAGAACAAGCUGCCACUGAUCUUCUUCAGGGUGGCAAUGAUGCAACAAACAGCAAUGCACAAAAUGUACAAACUACCUCGAGUCCUCCGUUGGAGAAGAUUGAAAGUCAAGCAAUUCAGGAUGACGAAAUGAGUGAGAACCCACGAAAACGACAAAAGAUUACGUGA